AUGGCUGAAAAUUCGAAUAGUACCCCACCAGAUGUUAGUGAACCAGGAUCCAAUGUCGACUCUGCACCCAAGCCUAAGUAUUUGGAUACCAAAGCCCACCCAAUUUACAAGCAUUACCUCGUUUACAAGAACCCGAAAGGUGUAGGAGAGAAUCGUGCUCAAUGCACGUAUUGCUCACACACAUUCGCGCAGUCGACCACACGAUGCUCCGCUCACCUUGCCAAGUGGGAGGGCCAAGGGAAGACUGGCGUGGAGAGGUGUGACAAGGCGCCUGAUGAGGCGUUUGAGCAGAUUAGGGAGUUGUACGAAGCGAAGGGGACGGCAAAGGCGGAUAAGAGGAGUGCGGAGGUGGAUGCCAUUGCUGCAGUUAGUAGUGCACCAUGGAAAAAGGGGAAGAUUAGUGACUUCUUCAACACUGACGCUAAGGAAGCCAAGAAGCAAGCGGACGAGGCAAUCUGCCUCUUCUUUGCAGGCUGUCACGCCCCCGAGCAGCAGGCAGACCAUCCGCUAUUCCGCAACAUGCUCCGUGCGGUGGGGGCGGCGGGCAGCGGUUACGUCCCCCCCGGGCGCAGGUAUAUCGGAGGCGCCGGCCUGCAGGGAUGCCGCAAGCGCAUUGAGGAUGCGUUGACGCCGAUCAAGGACAGUUGGAAGAAGACGGGGGUGACGGUUGCGAAUGAUAUGAUGACGGAUCGGGCUGGCCCGGCGGUUAGGGAGCUGUUGGAGGAGUGGCCUCACAUUGAACACGUUCCUUGCGCCACACAUGUGAUGGACCUCAUGAUGGAGGAUAUUGGGAAAAUGGCAUGGUCGAAAAAGUUGGUUGACAGGGCGGAUGAGAUGAUAAGGUUUGUGAGGAGGCACCACAUGACCCGCGCGUUCUUGGGAGACACUAAGGAGCAUGGGCAGCGGGCGUUGCAAGCCCUUAAGCCUGCUGGCACGCGAUUUGGUACUCAAUACAUUGCCUUGGAGCGAUUAUGCGAGUUGCAGCAGACCUUGACCUUGCUGGUGACGGGGAAAAGGUGGGAGAAGUGGGCGGUAGGGGACAGGAAGGCGAAUGCGGAGGUGUUUAACGGCUAUGUCUUGGACCUGGCCUGGUGGAAGGGGGCUGCCUUCUUUGUGAAGCUCAUGAAGGUACCCUUCAUGGUGAUGAGAAACACAGAUUCUAGUGCACAGGGUAUGAUGGGCCGCUUGUACGAUAUGAUGCUGCAGCUUAUAGAGGAUGUGGAAGGGGUUUUGGAUGCCGAUGAAGAGCAGCUGAACAGGACAGAGAAGCUGCGGAUUUCGCGCAUCGUCAAGCAGCGCUGGGACAAGAGCAUGGCUUGCGCAAUGCAUGUGGCUGGCCGGAUUCUUAACCCGGCCAACCAGGACGAGGAGAUUUUUGGGGAGGACAUUGAAUGCACAAAGGUGUUCAAGGAAUUCAUUGAGCGCGCUGCUGGAUACUUCGAGAGGUACAGGGGAGGGGUGGGUGGCUCGGGAGGGAGGCCUUUCGACAUGGAGGAGGCAGUGAUGGCAUACCUGAACGGGACGGGGAGCUUUGGCAGUCGCUCGGCGAGGUUGGCGCGUGAGGAGGUGAAGGCUGGGAAGAAGAGCACGGUUCUUUGGUGGCAGUGGCACGGGGGAGACUACCCCGAGCUCAAGCGCCUUGCUAUCCGUGUGCUCUCCCAGCCCGUUUCCGCCUCAUCCUGCGAGCAAAGCUGGGCAGUGUGGGAGUCGGUGCACACCGCUAGGCGCAACCGGCUCGGCUCGGAGAAGUGCCGAGACCUGGUUUUUGUGGCGCACAACUGGAAUGUUGUGCAUAAGUACCACAAGGGCCCGGCUGAGGGGACAGGGGUGGUCGCGGGGAACAUUCCCGAGCCCCCUAUCCCCGAUGGGUACAUUGUUCACGAGGGCGAGGUGGAGGAGGAGGCUGACGACAUGGAGAACAAGGUGCUGGUGGAUGAGUACGUGCCCUAG